UUUAAAUAAAAAUUCAAUAACGGUUCGAUACCGUUAUAAUCACAAAUUAAAAAAAAAAAAAAAAGAUGAAGAAGAAAAAGAAGAUAAAAGAAAAGCAAACAAAAAUCAUUAACAAAAACAGUUAUAAAUAGCGUAGAAAAUGCGAUCCACAUCGAGGAAUGCACAUGAAUUGCACCGAAUCGAGUUAAGAGAAAGCGUUAAAAGUAAAUGACGUUAUUUCUUACCUCUACAAGAAGUCUGUUAUUCUCUCCUUCGAUAACUACGGCCGGAAGUUCGUGUCUAUCCGCAUAAGAUGAAGCCGGCCGAGGAAACGUCAUAUUCCUUCCAUAAUACGAAGGUGCGGAAGUUCUUGCGUUAAUAUCCAUAUCCGGCGAGUUUAUAUCUUCAAUUCCGGUCAUAUUACUAUCUUGCUGGUUCAUAAAUGAUGCAGUGUUCUGUAAAAUAGUUUGAAAUUUGUAUAUGUAUAAAUGCGUGCCUUGUGCUGACUAAUCCGAAAUAACAUACGGAAUAUAAUUACUGUGAAAACGAUACAUGAAUAGAAGAAGAAGAAGAAGAAGAAAAAGAAAUGCCACAUAUUUGAAGAUAAUUCGAUGGAUUUAAUUCGAAAAUAAAUCGGGCAAACAUGUGCGAACUAGAAACGUCACUACCGAUAGAGGAUUUUGAAGGACUUAUAAAACAAUCUCUUGGUUCUGGUGUAAAAAUAAAAAAUGUAACAUGGAAACAUUUAACUGAUCCAGGAGAAAAUUUUGGCAGUUUGAUAUUGGGUGUUACCAUCAAUACUGUAGAGAAUUCUUCUUCAAACGCAUUGAACGUAGUUGUAAAACUUCCACCAAAAUCCGCAUAUCUUAUGGAUUUAUUUAACAGUCCAUUAACAUUUAAAAAGGAAUUAAACUUUUAUAGUGACAUUGUCCCGGCUCUAAAGGAUAUUUACCGUUCGUGUAAUUUACAAGAGGAAGUAUUUGUACCACAUUUCUUUGGCGGAAGAUUAGGCUUAAAAAAUCCUGAUGAAUUUGAUUCUCAGGCUGUUAUCAUUUUAGAAAAUCUUGUAUCAUCCGGUUAUUCGGUACAAAAUCGAAUUAUGGGAAUGGAUAUAGAACAUAUUAAAUAUGGUGUUAAAGAAUUGGCAAAGUUACAUGCAAUGAUCAUUGGUUUAAAAGUAAAGAGACCAGAUUUCUUUGAAAACUCUGUACUACCAAUUUUAGUUUCUCCAAAUAAUGAAACUGCCGUAAAAUGUAUUAUGGAUAUGAUUCAUAAAGCAAUUGAUGAUUUAAAACAUUUAGAAGAGGCUAAACCAUAUAUGAAAAGUAUUGAAGCCACAUUAAAAUCUACAAACAUGACUGAUAUAACUAACGAAGACGAUUUAUGGAAAACAAUGAUACAUAAAGAUUUUUGGGUGAACAAUAUGUUGUUUCGCCAUGAUGCUUCUGGACAUAUAACUAGUAUGAAAAUAGUUGACUUUCAACUUUGCAUUUAUAGCUAUGGCGUAGAAGAUCUUAUAUUUUUUUUAAUAUCUAGUGCUAAGAAAGAAGUUAUUGAUAAUAACUUAGAUGAUAUGAUUGAUUUAUAUUACGAUUCCUUUAUCGACGUUUUAAAAAUGUUAAAAGUAGAUACGGAACAGUAUAGUAAAAGUAAAUUUCUGGAACUGUUGAAUAAGUGUGCACCUAUAAAAUUUUCACAAUGCAUUAUGAUGGUGCAAGUAAUACAAGCUUCUCGUACUACUCAUUCUGAGGUGAAAAAUAUGGAAAAUACUGCAGAAUUGUUUAAAAGAGAAACAAGCAAAAUAGGCAAUCAGAAAUUGUUACAUAUAGUGGAGACAUUUGCAAAAAAAAAUUGGUUGUUAUGAUAAAAUUAUAUCUGAUUUGAAUUAAGAAUAUUUUAAACCAUGAUAUAUUGUAGUUAUAUACAAUUAUGAAAAAUACUUACGUAAUAAAAUACUAGGACAUUAAUAUUAUAUACUAAACAAAUUGAAUUUCUAAAAGAAAUUAUACUUACUUCUAAAAUAUCCGCUACUGCAUCUGGUAAAUUGAAUUCUCUAACGACCCUUAGGCGCACUUGCCUAUUAAUUUCGCUUCGCGAAGAUAAAGGUAGAUCUAUAGCUCGUAGACAACUUGGGGAUUGCCUUAAUUUUUGUUCCCGUUUAAGCAUUGCAGCCAUUGUUGAUGAAUCUGGCACUAAAUAUUUUACAUAAUGCAGUACAUUUUAAAUAUAGUUUAUUUGAAAAAAAAAAAAAAAAAAAAAAAAAGAAAAAAAAAACAAAAAAGAAAAAUGAGAAAAGAAUUAUAUACAAUGUAUAUAAUACAUUCCUAUAAGAUUUGUAUAGAAUAUUAUUGGAAAUUAAUUAAUAUAUAUUGAAAUAUAGCAUUUAAAUGUAUUAUUUAAAAAUAUCAUUAAUAUACAUAGUCUACUUAAUUUGAAGUAAAAUCGAUACAAAAAAAAAAACAAAAAAAAACAAAAAAAAACAAAAAAAAAAUUAGUAAUAUUUAAAAAGAUAAUAUAAAUAAAUGGUAAAUUAAAUACCUGGAAAUGCAGCUGCAAGAACAUCUACGCCAGCAGUGCCCAUAGUUCUUGGUUUUUCGUCAACCAUAUAUAGCGCAUCCGGUAUAUCCGCAACAUAUCGUGUUCUUUGCAAUCUGACAAGAUCCGUAUCUUGGACUAUCUGUUCUUCGACUAAAGACUAAAAAAAUGUAUGAAAUGAUUUAAUACAUAUUUAAUAAAAAAAGAAGUGUACAAAUUUUUUAUAUAGAA